AUGAAUGGCAGUAUGAAUUCAUUUCAUACGACAAAUAAUGGUAGUGCCGAUAAUGGGCGUGGUCCACGGCCCACUUCCUCGACGGCAGAUCGGGAUGGUUAUAUUGAAAGACUAUUGACCCAUUAUGUAUGGGAAGCAUUGGAUCUCGACAUGCUUGAUAGUGCAGAAUUCACAAUGGAAAAGCUACUAGCGCUUGAUCCGGAAAAUGGUUCUUAUAAGCACUUAAUGGCACUGAUAUUGUAUAGGCAAGGUCGGUAUAAGGCUGCUGCUAACAUCGCAAAUACCAGCUCAAAUCACACGGGGUGUGUAUAUAUUUAUUCGCGAUGCUGUUUAAAACUAAAGAUGUAUGGUAAAGGGAUCGAAGCUCUAGAAAAGACCAAACACAACUGGGCAUCUGUGGCAAAAAAUUAUACCGAUAAUGCAACAAACGAACGUCGGGUUAUCCCAGAUCAAGCGGCUCUAAAUGCACUCCUAGGAAAACUAUACCAGCUUCAGGGAGACAAAGUGGAUGCCCUUAAAGCUUAUGGAUCUUCGGUGAGAGCUAAUCCAUUCCUGUGGGAACCAGUUGAAGCUUUAUGUAAGCUGGGUAUCAAGUUACGAGUAUCGAACGCCUUCAGAGUUGAACAUUUGAACGAUGCGCUGAUGAGCUCCAGCAGCGCUGGUUCUGGUGGUGUUAAUACAACUGGAAAUGACAAUGCCAAUUUAAAUAAUGGAAAUAUUUCUAAUGGUUUAUCUAACCCGGCUAAUACAAGCAUAAACGAUCCGUUUACUACACCAGUGGGGAAUGGAAACCAAGGUACAAGUAGUAUUCCUGCUAAUCCUUUCAAAUUUGGCCAACAAUUCCUGAAAAACUCUAUGCUUAAUAAAGCAAAUGAAGAGACUAUGUCUGCCCCAGUCACUUCCAAACAACCAGCUGCCAAUGCCCCUGCAACAACUAGUGAUUCAUCUUAUAGCACCCCUUCUGAUACCCGAACGUCUCGCCCAAACGGGCUACCAUUAGCUCCACAAAAGCGAUCAUCGCGAAAUGUGACAGCAGGAGCUCUCGCUAAUUCUAACCCUGAGGCGAAAACGGGCCUUCCGUUUCCUCGAAGGUCUGCCCGAAUGGCCCAGACUGCCCAGCCGUCCACAAUAAACACAACGGUCACCACAAACCAAAAGAGAAAUCUAAUGACGCCACUAUCUAGAGCAGGUCCACAAGGGUCUACAACAGCAUCGUCAACAUCAAUAACCAGUAAUGCUGCUAGCACCAGUAAUCUAUCAACAACUUCAGUAGUACCUGGAGCUCACCACGCUACUCGCGCACUUGCUCAACCGCAAGUAGCAUCAACUACCGUUGCAGCAGCAUUAAAAAGAAGUCGUCUCAAGCCAGAUAGAGAAUCGCUCGCCAAAAGAGACGCCCAAUUGUAUAUUAUAAGCCUCUACAGACAAAUCACUUCUGCAUUCAUUCUGUGUUCAAGAUACGAAUGUCGUCAAGCAAUUGCAUUAUUCGAUCAGUUACCGGAACAACAAAAAAAUACUCCUUGGGUGCUAGCCAAGCUUGGAAGAUGCUAUUUUGAAAUGGUUGAUUACAAAGAAGCUGAAAAGGUUUUCAUUAAGCUGAGGAAAGUCGACCGGUGUAGAAUUCAAGACAUGGAAUACUACUCGACACUUCUGUGGCACCUUCGCAAAGAAGUUGAACUAAGUUUAUUAGCUCAUGAACUUAUGGAAAUCGAAAGGAACUCCCCUCAGGCGUGGUGUACUCUUGGAAACUCAUUUUCUCUCAAACGAGAAACUAGCCAGGCUCAGAAAUGCUUUAAGCGAGCCAUAAACAUCGAUCCUGAUUCUCCCUAUGCAUAUACACUACUCGCUCAUGAACAGGUGGCAACCGAGGCUUAUGAGAGUGCUCAGGACUCGUUCCGACUUGCCAUUAAAGCAGACAACCGUCAUUACAAUGCAUGGUACGGGCUCGGCAUGGUGUUUAUGCGUUUAGAUAACUUUGACUUAGCCGAGUUACAUUUCUCGAAAGCAGCGAUGAUAAACCCGUCUAAUGUCGUUCUUAUUUGUUGUAUCGGCAUGGUUCUGGAGAAGAAGGGUCGUUUCGCUGAAGCACUAGAACAAUACAAACGGGCUUGUGAGAUUCAAAGUAACAGCGCCCUUGCCCGUUAUAAGAAAGCAAGAGUGCUUAUUCAACUCCAAUUAUAUAAUGCAGCCCUUGUAGAGUUUGAACAUCUACAAAAACUCGCACCUGAUGAAGCCAGUGUCCACUUUCUACUUGGCCAGCUCUACAAACUCCUGGACAAUCGCGACCUAGCGAUUAAACAUUUCACUAUAGCAUUGAACCUAGAUCCCAAGGGAAGUGGCCUCAUUAAAGACGCUAUCGAAGGAUUAAAUGUCUUCAAUACUAGCUGA